AUGGGAAGGAGUUGUAUAACCCAAGGACUGGUGUUCAAGCGUUUCGUCGAGAUCGGCCGCGUUGCCGUCAUCAACUACGGCCCCGACGCCGGUAAGCUCUGCGUCAUCAUUGACGUUCUUGACCAGAACAGAGCUAUUCCCUUCAAGAGGCUCGCCCUGACCGACCUCAAGAUCAAGAUCCAGAAGUCGCCCCGCCUGAAGUCCCUCGUCAAGGCUUACACUGAGGCCGGCAUCCAGGAGAAGUGGGAGGCCACCUCGUGGGCUAAGAAGAUCGCCCUCCGCAAGAAGAGGGCUGCCCUCAACGAUUUCGACCGCUUCAAGAUCAUGCUCGCCAAGAAGGAGAAGUCCCGCGUGGUCCGUCAGGAGCUCAGGAAGCUCACCAAGGAGUUCCACAAGAAGGAGAACGACGCCAGGGUGGCCGCCAAGAAGCAGUAA